GGACGCACAACCUUUCGGAAAUCCCAAAGGGCCUAAGCCCCCUCGAUGAUUCCGAAGUCUAAAGACUCGGCCUCCCUCUCUUUUCUUCUUCAACCAUCACCCCCCAACUCUCACCUACGCAGCCCUCCUUUUUCUUUUUGAGAAAAGACCCAUGUCGACCCUUUCUUCUUCUCACUGUAGUGCUUCAUAUUCUUCAACCUCCAAUGCCCGUCGUCAACGCUCAACAAAGCUCUCUUCGAUUCCUAAGCGGUUUGUUCCUGUGAAAUCAGCCAGAAACUCCUACCAGAAUGUGGUUCUUUUGCAAGAUGGUGCAGUAUCAUCCACAAUAGUCCCUAUUGAAAAUGAUUCCACUUUGAAGAAAUUGAAAGAUGGGUUGUUAUCAGCCACAUCUUCAGAGGAAUGUGAAGAUGUGGUGGGCUUUGAUAGUAAUGACAAGAACUCAACUGUCAGCAUUACUGUGGUUGGAGCCUCUGGAGACCUGGCCAAAAAGAAGAUAUUUCCUGCACUUUUCGCACUUUUUUAUGAGGAUUGCCUACCUGAGCACUUUACCGUGUUUGGUUAUGCUCGGAGUAAGAUGACUGAUGCAGAACUUAGAAACAUGGUUAGCAAGACACUUACUUGCAGAAUUGAUAAGAGGGAGAACUGUGGUGAAAAGAUGGAGCAAUUCCUUAAAAGAUGUUUUUAUCAUUCUGGUCAGUAUGAUUCUGAGGACAACUUUACAGAGCUGGACAAGAAGCUGAAGGAACACGAGGCUGGAAGGGUCUCCAAUCGCCUGUUCUAUUUAUCAAUCCCACCGAAUAUUUUCAUAGAUGCUGUAAAAUGUGCAAGCUUGUCAGCUUCCUCUGCUAAUGGCUGGACGAGGGUCAUUGUUGAGAAACCUUUUGGACGGGAUUCAGAAUCAUCAGCUGCUUUGACAAAUAGCCUCAAGCAGUACUUAGCAGAGGAUCAAAUUUUCAGGAUAGACCACUAUCUUGGGAAGGAGCUGGUGGAAAACUUAUCUGUUCUCCGAUUCUCCAACCUCAUUUUUGAACCUUUGUGGUCAAGGCAAUAUAUAAGGAAUGUGCAGUUUAUAUUCUCUGAAGAUUUUGGCACCGAAGGACGUGGGGGGUACUUUGACAAUUAUGGGAUAAUAAGGGACAUAAUGCAGAAUCAUCUGCUUCAAAUACUCGCCCUCUUUGCAAUGGAAACCCCUGUCAGUUUGGAUGCAGAAGAUAUCAGAAAUGAGAAGGUUAAAGUUCUUCGCUCAAUGAGGCCUCUACAACUUGAGGAUGUGGUUAUAGGGCAGUACAAGAGCCAUACAAAAGGAGGUGUUACAUACCCAGCCUACACUGAUGACAAGACUGUGCCCAAAGACAGCCUAACCCCAACAUUUGCUGCUGCUGCCCUCUUUAUAGAUAAUGCCAGAUGGGAUGGGGUUCCAUUUCUAAUGAAAGCUGGUAAAGCAUUGCAUACUAAGGGGGCUGAGAUAAGGGUACAGUUUAGGCAUGUGCCUGGUAACUUAUAUAACCGGAAUUUUGGGACAGAUCUUGAUAGAGCAACAAAUGAGCUUGUCAUAAGAGUGCAGCCUGAUGAAGCUAUUUAUUUGAAAAUCAACAACAAAGUCCCUGGUUUGGGAAUGAGAUUGGACCGUAGUAAUCUAAAUCUUCACUAUGCAGCCAGGUACUCAAAGGAGAUUCCAGAUGCAUAUGAGAGGCUUCUACUAGAUGCCAUAGAAGGCGAAAGGAGACUAUUUAUAAGGAGUGAUGAACUUGAUGCCGCAUGGGCACUCUUCACACCUCUAUUGAAAGAGCUGGAAGAGAAGAAGAUUAUUCCCGAGUACUAUCCCCAUGGGAGCCGUGGUCCGGUUGGGGCUCACUAUCUUGCAGCCAGAUACAAUGUCCGGUGGGGCGAUCUCAGCGUAGAGCAAUAAACCAUACAGUGAUUCACUGAUUCUGUCAGGAUCCCAGUGUUGGGGAAGCCCAAAGCUUCUCGAUUCUCAGUUGUUUAUGGGGUGUAGCUACUUCGUCUUAGCCAUCGACGAGUUGGAGUCCCCAUUCUUCCAUGGAAAGAAAAUAUACAGAGCUGAAAACCAGUCCGACUGUUGUAAUGAAAACAGAGCCCAAAAUCAACAAUGAACAGCUGGGUCAUCCUUCAAUUUUUAUGAUGAUGAUUCUUUCCUUUCUCUAUUUUGGAUUCGUGGUCUCACUUUUAGUUUUUGUUGAAACAUCAAAUUGAUAAGAUUGUCAUUGCAAGCAGGUUAUUUGAGCUAAUAUGUAUUAUUCCCAUGUCA